UACGGCGUCAGAACUGGGACGUCAUAAAGACGUCACGUCAGCCUAUACUGUCCAUUAAAGCGUCAGUGACAGAAUAUCUGUGCAUGCAUUCAAGUCGUUCAACUGUUUUCAAUUGCUUUGUUUUGUACGAAUAUGAUACAUGGGCGUUGUAAAUAGUAAAGUUGUAAUGUAUUUGCAUUAAAUAAAAUACAAGACCAAGAUGAGCCACGUGGACGUGAAGGUAGUAUUGCUAGGCCAUGAGGCUGUUGGCAAAACUAGCUUGAUGCAACGAUUUGUCAACGACAGGUUUAACGAGAAUCUUGCUUACCAAAACACAAUAGGAUCAGCCUUUGCAUCAAAAGAAAUUCAAGUUGGCAACAAAAAGUUAGUUCUUGGUAUCUGGGAUACGGCAGGAAGUGAAAGGUAUCAAGCAAUGACUAAAGGGUACUAUAGAGGUGCAGCUGCAGCAUUAAUUUGUUUUGAUAUGACUGAUCCAGAGACAUUCAAAAGAGCAAAAUUUUGGAUGACCGAGCUCAGAAGUGUUGAAGAAAAUUGUAAAAUGUACUUAUGUGCGACAAAAAAGGAUUUGCUGGACAAUGGUACAGAUGCUAAUCCUAAUUUAGAGGUGGUUGAGAGGUAUGCCAAUGGAGUACAAUCACAGCUCUUUCUGACAUCAAGUAAAACUGGAGAAAAUGUUGCUGAAAUUUUCAAUACAGUCGCUGAGGAUUUCAUAUCGAACCCUCUAAAUGCAAAAAAUCUAGGAGAUUUUAUAACACUUGAAAACAAUAAGAAAAUUUCUCGGUGUUGUCCGUUAUGAUGAGAAGCAAAUGCUGGCCA